AUGGAGGCUGCCGUAGCAGCCAUGGAACGGGAACUCGCCGCGGCGGCCGCAGCCUGUGAGGCGUCCACGGCUUCAGCGGAGGAGGCGAAGCACGCUGGGGCUCUCCUGAGGGCGGAGGCGAGUGCCGCCAUGGCCGUUCACCGCAAGCAAGUCAAACACAUGCAGGCGCUCUCCACCGCGCCCGCGCAUGACCCCCCCCUACCGGUGGCCGAGGGGAAAACAGUGACGAACACCGCUGCGGCUGCAUCGGGAGCCAACUUCCCCCGUACGCCCGCUGCCACCACCGCCGGCUUCCAGCUUCAGGAGGGCGACUUCCCGCAGUUGCCAUCGCUGCCGGGGAAGACCGCCUCGCCGGGGCGCCGGUCGCGCGCGCCGCCGGAGCUCAUCACCGUGGGGUAUGUCACUCCGGCGGAUGCGAGGGAGAGGGCCGGUGACGCGCCCGCUUCGGAUACCCCGGCGGCGGCCGCAACCGACAUCGCCGGCGACACCGCUACCGCCGCCGCGGCCGGGGUGGAGCCACCGCCGCUACGCGCACACCGGAUGACAGACUCGGAGAAGGCGCGACUGAUCGAACAACAGCAGGCGGAACUGCGGGGGUGGCACGAGCGUGACUUUGACGACAUCACGGCGGAGGCAGCGGCUGGCGGAGACGGCGCGGGGGGGGUAACGGCGCCGCCCACCGCCGUGGAAGUGCACGCCGCGGCUGAGAGGGAGGUACAGCGUGCCCAAGCAGUGGAGGUAGAAGCACGCGGCGCGAAGUGGGUCGCCCGUGUGCAACAGUACAAGAAGCACAACACGGGGGUCUUGCUGGAGGAAGCGGUACAUCGGGUGUGGGAGUCAUACGUCAACAGCUUCUACCUGUACCACCCCGGCACGACCCCCGCCCCGCCCGGAGAACCACUCGCCUGGUACCUCGGGGCGAUAGCGGCGUCGACAACAUCGCCACGGCACACAUGGGCUCAGCUAGAGGCGGCGUCGCCGGAACCGCCGCCGCCGGCGAGGACCGCGGCGCCGCAGCCCCCUGCACCAGUCCCUGUAGUCGCCGGCCCCGCACCCCGGCGCUAUCAGCACAUACGCCACGGCGCCUCGACUUCGUCAUCACCGCAGGGGUCCCCCCCGGGCGCCGCCGCCGUCGCCGCCGCUCCACCCGGCCACAACACCGCCGUCGCCGCCGCCACCUCCCACCGGCAAUACCAACACACCCGCCACGGUCCGCCACCCUCACCGCCGGUGCCCCGGCCAGCGACCACCGCCGUCGCCCGCAACGGUCACCGCCCCACCGUCAGCACCACCGCCCACCACGGCCACCGCGCCACCGCCGCUGCAUCCACCAACAACGGACACAGCCCCAACCCCGCCACCAACCAUCACGGUCACCGCCCCCCCGCCGCCACCGCUAAUACACAACGCGGCCACAUCAUCCGCCACACCAACCUGCCGCCCUACUCCGAUCGACCCCUCGCCACCGCCUACCAACAGCCAAGGCCGACGCCGUCGCCGGCGGCCGCGCCGCGCGCCCGCACCACGACACCGCCCGCCGCACAAACACGGUACCACAUCCGCCACACUAACGUACCGUCCUGGUCGGCGACCUCCGCAGCGCUGGAGGCCGACCCGUCGCGGAUGCACAACUCAUCAGCACUAUGGGCCGCCGCCGCCGAGAUCGACGCCAGAAGAUCGCGGAGGCAAUCCGCCGCCGCACCGACGGCCCCCCACAGCGGAGGACCCUCCGAGCCCACCACCGCCGAGCCCACGCCAGCAACGGUGGCGGUCGCUGCUCCAUCACGGGGGCCGGUGCCGGAGCCGUCCUCUGCAUUCGUCAACGCCAUGGGGGAGGGGCCUGCUUCUUCCCCAUGGGUACCCCCGACGCGCGAGCCUGGAGUGUCGGAGCGAGAGCGGGAGCUGGAGCGGGAGGUGCAGCGACUAGUGGUGCAGCUGGCGGCGGCGGAGGUGGGGGGGGGGGUGGCAAGGCUUCAGCGGUGGUGGACGUAG